AGGCCGUCGCGGCCCGCGCCGUUUAUCUCCGCCAGAGGGACCCUCGGGAGGCGCCGCAGCGGCGCCGCCCACCUCGGCGGGAUCAUGGAGCGGCUGGCGGUCGGGGAAGAAGAAGGAGAGGAGGAGGAGGAGGAGGAAGAUUUGAAUGAAGAGCUCUACUGGCGUAGGAUGAUUAACUAUGCCAGGUAUGAGAUCUUGGAAGACAUCAUUGAGGAAGCAGAAGAAGACAGCGACAACGACGAAGUUCAGAAUGGUCCUUACACCACAUUCUCUGGUUUUCAGAGGGCCUUUCUUUCCCCACCUUCCUUCCCUCUCCCUCCCCAAAGCAGCAAUUUGGACCUUGCUCUUUUGGGCUCGGCAUUGCCCCAGAAACCACAACUUACAGCUGAGGAGGCUGAGCGGAAUGCAAAAUUGCUGGUCGCUGAGGAGGAACGCCUCAAGAAGAAGGCUGAGAAGAAAAGGAUGAAGAAGAAGAGACAGAAGGACCGGAAGAGGCAGGAGAAGCGGAACUUGGAGCUAAAGGCCAAGAGUGAGACAAAUAAAUUUUCGGCCGGACAAGAUGAGGGAACUUUGUGUGACGGUCUCCCUGACUCGGAGGGGAGUUUUAAUGAGGCCUCCCCAGACAGGAGCCCCGGCAGCAGUAUGGAGGAGGUAGAGGCGGCAGAGGAUGACCUGGAUUUCUCCAGCACUUUUGUCUCCAAAGCUCGCCGCAAGGUACACGCCCGGUCUCUGCUCCCAAGGAAGGAGAAGGAAGGGAAAAAACCCAGGGAGACUCAGAAGGCAGAGACGAAGCCAAAGGCAGAGAAGCCUUCAGAGCUCCACUUGACUCCAGUGCAGCAGAGCCUGGUGCUGGCAGAUUGUGGAAAUGAAACCGCCAAGCAGGGGCUCUUCCAUCAGGCCGUGCUCCUCUUUACCGAAGCUAUUAAGCUGAACCCCCAGGAAUACAGGUUCUUUGGGAACCGCUCCUUCUGCUACGAGAAGCUGCAGAGCCACGCGGCAGCCCUGCGGGACGCGCAACAGGCCCUGAGCCUGCAGCCGGGCUGGCCCAGAGGCCUCUUUCGCCAGGGCAAGGCGCUCCUAGGCCUCAAGCAAUACGCAGAGGCGGCAAGGACCUUCCAGCAACUCCUGCCCUUCGAUGGCUUCCGCGGCGAUGCCGCCAUCCAGCUCCAGAAGUGCCAGAUCCAGCAUUCCCUGGAGAGCCGGCUGGACUGCUUCCGCCGUAACUGGGACACGCUGCCUGUGGAAACACAGCUGCCUCUGCCUGGAAAGCAGGCAGGCGGGCAGCGGUACCCAGACAGCCGUGCCCAGGCCACUGCCACCACCCAGCUGGCACUUCCACUUGCAAAGGCCCCAGGCAGGGACUGGUUUGCCGUCUGGGUGGGGAACCUGGCGCCCAGGAUCACCCAGCAUGUCCUGCUUCGCUAUUUUCAGCCGUUUGGACCCAUUGACUCCAUCCGGUGCCUCCCUCACAAGUCCUGUGCCUUCGUCAACUACAGCCACAAGGAGGCCGCCGAAGCUGCUUACGUGGCCCUGCAGGUGAGGCUCCCUCCCUCCCUCCCUCCCUCCCCUGGCCCUGAGGUAGAGAGGUAUCCGCAUUUCCGUUCCCAGGAUGAGGGUUUCAGGCAGCUGGGGGAAGGCCGGCCUCCCAGGGAAGGCUGA